AAGUGGAAGUGGAACGUAACCAAAGCUUCAAUUUGCUAUCCUGCCAAAACUGUAACUUUGACAGGAUAUUGUUUGACAAUAUUAUGCAAAUUUGUAAGUUUUAUUAUUUACCGCUUUCGUCCUUUAAGAAUUGAGUUUUAGGAUUUUCGGAAAAUGAAUAGUUACAUUUUACAAUGACGAGAUAUUUUAUACUGAUUGUUACUACUGUUAUAAUUGUAAAUCACAUAUUUUACGCAACUACUCUUAAAUCUAAAGAUAUUCGAAAUUAUUUAGGUACUCGAACACCUUAUCGUUAUAAAUAUAAUAAAAAUGACACAAAAAUUAAAUUUCCCAGUUGUAAAGAUGUAAAAAUUUGGAUGGUUGUAAGACAUGGAACGAGAUUACCCAGUGUUAAAGACAUAGUUGGUAUGAAUACAACAUUAAACGAUUUAAAAUACGAAGUUUUAUUAAAAAACAAACAAGGAAAAGGCCCAUUAAAAGAAGAAGACUUAAAGUUGUUUGAGAAAUGGAAAAGUGAUAUUUCAGUUGAGGAACAAAAAUUCCUAACUUUUGAAGGUCAAGAUGAAAUGAUACAGCUCGCUGAAAGGAUGCAGAAGAGAUUCCCUAAUGCAAUAAAACACAAAUAUAACAAUAAACACUUUAAGUUUAAGUACACGGCUACACAAAGAACUCAACAAAGUGCAAGACAUUUUACGCUUGGAUUAUUUGAUAAGAAUAAUUCUCAAAAUGUCAUAUAUGAGCCUGCGCUGAAAGUUGAUACAACACUAAGAUUUUACAAACACUGUGACAAGUGGCAAAAGCAAGUUAAGAAAAAUCCAAAUACAUAUAAGGAGCAAGUAUUGUACGGCAAUAGUCAUGAAAUGAAUUUGACUCUUCAGUCUGUUUCUAAAAGAUUUGGUCUUGAUAGAGUAUUGAGUUUGGAUACAGUGGUUUUAAUUUAUAAAAUCUGUGGUUACGAGACAUCUUGGCAUAAAUAUUUUCCUUCGCCAUGGUGUCUUGGAUUUGAUGAUGUCAGUAUCAAAACUCUGGAGUACUAUCAUGAUCUAAAACAUUAUUGGCUAGAUGGUUAUGGCCAUGACUUGACAUACCAACAAGCUUGUAUGAUAUUAAAAAAUAUGUUUGAGAGUAUGACUAAAAAUAGUCCAACAGCAACAUUCCUAUUUGCUCAUUCUGGUACACUGCUGAAAUUGUUGACGCAUUUGAACCUUUACAAACCUGAUUCGCACUUAAGGGGUAUUACCAAGGAUGAACAGAGGCCGUGGCGAGCGUCGGAUAUCGACUGCUUCGCUUCUAAUUUAGCUUUUGUUUUAUUUAAGUGCAAAGAUGAAGAAAAAAUUUUAACCCUACACCAAGAAAGAAUAAUUAAACUGCCAAUGUGUAACGAAGAGUUAUGUUCAUUUAAACAUUUGAAAGAAUUUUUUAAUAAUUCAAUUAAUAAUUGUGAUCAUUCUGAGAUGUGUAAAAUUGAUUGAUGAUAUUUUGAAAAGGCUGGACCUUUAUUAUUUUUAUUAUAUUGACGUAACAAUUUUUAGAUUAUGGCUUAACAUAAAUAUGUACAAGUGAUACCAGUACUAAGCUUUUUAAAUUUUUUAGAAAUUAAAAAUCUCAAUAUAUUUUUGUCUAAUUUCUAGAAUAUUUUUGUCUAAUUGUCUUACCGUAUCAAACAAAUGUACAAAUUAUACCAGUAUUAAGCUUUUUUUUUACACCGAAAAUAAAAUUUAAAUACAU